GACAACAACAAGAUGCUUCUGGACAUCGACAACAGCAAGAUGACCGCUGAUGACUUCCGAAUGAAGUAUGAGAAUGAGCUGGUCAUCCGUCAGACUGUGGAGGCUGAUAUCAAUGGCUUGAGAAAUCUCCUGGAUGAUCUGACUCUGGUCAGGUCUUCAUUGGAAUCUGAGCUCGAGUCCCUGAAGGAUGAGCUGAUUGCUCUUAAGAGAAACCAUGAGGAGGAACUGAGACAGCUGCAGUCUCAGACCGGUGGCGACGUGAGCGUGGAGGUCAAUGCUGCUCCUGGUGAAGACCUCACAAAGAUACUGAACGACCUGAGAUGCGAGUACGAGCAGAUCAUUGAGAAGAACCGCAGAGAGGUUGAGCAGUGGUAUGAAGUCAAGAUGGAAGAAGUCAACCGGCAGGUCACUUCCAGCAGCCAGGACAUCCAGACAAGCAGCCACCAGCUCACGGAACUCAGGCGCGAAAUGCAGAACCUGGAGAUCGAACUGCAGGCGCAGCUCAGCACGAAAAACUCGCUGGAGAACUCCUUGGCAGAAACCGAAUCUCGCUACGGCUGCCUGCUGCAACAAAUCCAAGGGCAGAUUAACUCCGUAGAGGAGGAGCUGGCCAGCAUCCGCUGCGAGAUGGAGAGCCAGAACCAGGAGUACAAGAUGCUGCUGGGCAUCAAGACCCGCCUGGAACAGGAGAUCGCUCAGUACCGCGCCCUGCUGCAGGAGGGGCAGCAAGACAUUGUUGCCCAAGGAGCUUUCCAAGGUGGUAAAUCCUCCCAUUCCUAUUCUUCUACUUCGUAUUCUCACUCCCAGACUGGUGACAUUACAGGACAGGCAAGAGUGUGCUAGAGUGAUGGCAGCGAUGCUGGCAUCCUCCAUCGACAAUGCACCGAAGUGAUCCAUGGACAACGAGAGACAGAACCCAAGCACUUCUGCAGCUCGGCUGAUGCAACCAGAAGGAUUUGGAAGGAGUGCCUGGCCCCCUGCCCUGUCGCCCCUUCUUCUGUUCUGCAAUGCUUGUCUUACUCAACUUGUCUUUGUCAACUGGUUCUUGCUUAAAGGCUUAAAUUCUGCUGAUAAAACUGCCUCCAAUAAACAUUACUUCUUCAAUGCAAA